UGAAAUGUAUAAAACCCGACUCUAGUGGACUGACCAUACCGUCGAAUUCAGUCUACAAAACAAGUGAAUUUCCAACCGAAGAGAAGAAAAAUGUCGGCAAAGAUUGCAAUAUUUAUCCUGGCCAUGAUGGUAUGCGGUUUUGGAUUGAUCAGUGCAAAGUCUCUUGAGAAUCAUAACCAAUCUGAAGAAGCAUCUCAUACAUUUGAUGACAAAGAUCUUGAAAAAUUCCCUUUGCAAUGGAUUGUUCCUAUAGUGAAAGCUAUCAACGGAUUAGGUGACCAAUCUGAAGAAGCAUCUCAUUCAUUUAAUGACAGAGAUCAUGAAAAAUUUCCUUUGCAAUGGAUUGUUCCUAUAGUGAAAGCUAUCAAAGAAUUAGGUGACCAAUCUGAAGAAGCAUCUCAUUCAUUCGAUGACAAAGAUCAGGAAAAAUUCCCUUUGCAUUGUUCCCAUAGUGAAAGCUAUCAAAGGAUUAGGUGACCAAUCUGAAGAAGCAAUUCAUUAAUUGAAAGAUCACGAUGAAAAAGUUUUGGGAUAUUGGUGGUGAAAAAAGUCGAAGAAUUUGGGUUGGCUCUUCUACCCGACAAUACAGAUGACGGCUUGAUAAUGACAGAUUUGAGACAAUGAAUUUCAAUUUAAAUAUUUUUUUCGUGUCAAACUUGCUAUUUUACUCAGAAAAAAAGAUUUUAAGUCAUAGA